CAACGCUGGCCCCACAAUCCUGACCACACCAUCGGCGUCCGCAUUCUUUUGAUUACGAAAAACGCUAGCACAAGCCUUCGUUGACAUUUGUGCCUUCUGGGUAUAAGUUCGACCAUCAAAACUUCGUGAUCUCAUUGCUUUUGUUCCAAUCUUUUCUUGUUCAGCCUCCUCGGAGAACGAUAGCCAUGUCUCAGACCACAGUCCUCAAAGUUGCUAUGUCAUGUGAAGGAUGUGUUGGGGCAGUGAAAAGAGUUUUGGGAAAACUGGAAGGCGUGGAAACAUAUGACAUUGAUUUGAAGGAACAGAAGGUGACUGUCAAAGGAAAUGUGCCCGCAGAUACGGUUCUGCGGACUGUAUCCAAAACUGGGAAGAAGACUGCCUUUUGGGAUGCUGAAGGAAGUGUUGGCCAAGCCUAAAGCUGUAUUUGCCGGGUCAUUGUUGCGAAUGUUAAUUGGAUUACUGGUUGAUUCCAGGGGUGAAGCUUAAGGAGGUAUGCUUGAGGCCGCUAUCUGCUGAAGAGGGGGGCAGCAAAGUUGAGGAAUGAGCUGUAUGUGGAACUUGGGACUUCUCUCGUACGAGUGGGUUAUUUCCACAGGAUAUUAUUUAAAGGUUGAUUUCUGUAAUGCCUUCAGUAAGUGCUGCUCGUGAAGAUAUUAUGGUCUGGUGAGGUAACUCUAAUGGCUCCUUUUCUGUUAAAGUGCUUGCUUUAUGAUAGAGGAGAAUCCAUGUGCUUUGAAUGACCCUGUUUUUAAUUACAUUUGGAAGUGGGAGGGUGCUGAGGGAAUUAGAUUUCGUCUAUGGCUGAUUUACAAUGAUUAACUCCCUACUAAUUUAUGGAGGAGUAAAUGGUCUGAUUGUUCUGCUCUCUGUGAUUGGUGUAAAGCUGACAUAGAAGAUAUUUUGCAUGUAUUAAGAGAUUGCCCUUGUGCAUGGAAUAUUUGGGUUCAGAUGGUACCUAGAAGGCACCAACCAUUUUUCUUCAUUGCUUCCCUGGCUGAGUGGGUUAGCAUGAAUCUGAAGAAAGAUUUUAGUGCUGACAGUCAGAUUGGAAGUUAAUUUGGGCAGUGACAGUUUGGAAACUAUUGCUAUGGAUAAAUGAGUACAUUUUCAAACCCAAUUUCAGCAAGCCUCAUAAUCCGUUCUUGACUAUUUUGCCUAUAAGGAAACGGUUGUGUCAACUGUCACGGAUGGUAACUGUCAGGUAAGAGCAGGGACCGGUAAUGAGAACUCUGUUUAUUUGGUUGCCCCCACAAGAGGACUGGAUUAAAAGUAAGGAAAAAUGACAGGUAAGGAUCUCAUAAAAAAAAAAUUAAUAUCAAAUUAGAAUCUCUUCACAGUUAAAGUUAACAAAUUCAGCACUUCGCUCAUGUUUCAGCAAUAGAAAUCUAUAAAAAUAUUGACUUGGUAUUAAUCUUAUUAUGAGGUCUUUAAUUGUCAUGAGGAGCUAUUAUGAGGCACAGCAAAGGAACUUGGAUUGCCGGGUUUUCACCGAAUCUGGGAAAAUGCACGCCAAGUGAAGCUGAGGAUUAAGGCUUGCAUGGGAUAUGGGUUUCAAGAAAAUUAUCUUGGAAUCAGAUUAAAAAAUUAUAACUGAUAGACUGUAUGGGACGUGUGUUGACAUAGACCACUGCUCACUCGUGUUUUUGGCAAUCACUAAAUUGCUCCAGUACACGUGGGACGACAACAUAACCAAGUGGCAGAUAGAUUGGCUGAAGAGGGGAUCCAACACUCGCUGUAAUGACUUGGGAGUCCUGGUACAAAAAGAUUUAAUGGGACUUAGUUCCCCUACUGAUUAGUUUCCUUUCCCUUUGGGGCUUGGCUCACCUUUGUAUUAAUUUUUAUUUUUUAUAAAUUUUGUGAACUCAUGUUUCAGUUCUACGUUGCCCAAAAAAAGGGGAAAUUAAUAAUAAAAUUCUUUUGAAUAUAAA